CAGCCUUUCCCAGUCCUCCCCCAGUCCUCCCCCUUCAUACUUCACACUUCUCUCACGGCCUUCGUCGAUCCUCCACAGCAAUGCUCAUCAAGGAAUCAUACAUCGAUCUCCAGACCUCAUCGGGUCCGAUGAGGACCUACAUCUACCAGCCCAACCUGCCUGAAUACCCCGACGCAAAGUUCCCAGGCGUCGCUGUCUUCACUGAGAUCUACCAGGUCACCGGCCCCUUGGACAGGUUUUGCAGACAGAUCGCCAGCCAGGGAUAUAUUGUCGCGUGCAACGAAUCCUUCCACGAGUUUGAAGCCCUAGGCACACCUAUUGCCUAUGACACCCCUGGCACAGACAAGGGAAACCAGUACAAGGUCGAGAAGGAGCUGACAGCGUAUGAUGAGGAUGCAACUCUGGUGAUCGACCAUCUCAUGGAUCACCCCGCUUGCACUGGCAAGAUUGGAGCCACAGGAAUGUGUCUCGGUGGACACUUGGCCUUCCGCGCCGCAUUCGACCCACGCGUGCUCGCCAGCGUGUGCUAUUUUGCCACAGACAUCCACUCCGAGACCCUUGGAAAAGGCAAAAAAUCCAAUUCCCUGGCCCGUGUACCCGAGAUUCAGGGCGAAAUCGUCAUGAUCUUUGGGAAACAGGAUAACCAUGUCCCCCGAGCCGGUCGAGAUUUGAUCCGCAAGACUUUGGAGGACGCAGAUGUGACGUCGACGUUCUUGGAAGUCCAGGCGCAGCAUGCGUUUAUUCGUGAUGAGAUGAGUAAGGGGCGGUACGAUGCUGCGAUCGCGAAGGUGUGCUUUGAGCUGCUAUUGGAGUUGUUCCACAGGAAUUUGCGUCUUGAUCUGGGCAAGCGAAAGGGGCCCAAGACCGACACGAAGAAUAUGCCGUUGGUUUGCUAAAAGCAAAGCGAGGUGGCAGCUAGAAUUCUAAGGAGAAUAGCAACAAUACAUUCGAAAUAUGCAUUUAUCAAGUGUAUUGCAUAUAAUGCUUCGUUCAUGAAGGCGCAAUAGUUCUUAAGCUCACUGCCGGCAUGGCUAAGGACACUUCUUUGUCAAAGACAGUGGAUGGUAAUGAAACUCUUAUUUCCUGAGCGUCUUGAUGAAGAAGACAGAGAUGAGGAGGGGCUUUCAGGGCUUGACAAGUCAUCACGGAGUUCUCAGGCAUAUCGGGUACAGGAUCUUUGCCUGAACGAACAAAAUACUAAAAAUGCGCGGCCUCACAAGUGGAGGUGCAUUACUGCAAAGAAACGCACGUUAACGCCGCAUUUAGCAUAGUCCUGUUGUG